AUGUCCCGUACCCCCCUGGUGACUGCAGUUCCCAGUGAUCACAAGAACGGCGGAUCUCUUCUUCUCCCACUAGCAGUCGCAGCUCUCGGCGCGGUGUGUGCAUGGCGACUCUACCGCCGAUGUGUGGUGCGUGUGGAUGAGGGCUGUGUGACUGUUGUGUAUGAAACUCGACGGAAUUCCAUUCUCUCAACUUCACUCGAUCAGGACCGUUCCUCCUCUCGCGAUGAACUCCCGCAGAUCUCCCACUUCCGUCCUGCGAUGUAUGUGAUUGCCUCGCUUCUCUACACAAGCCGUAGUGUGGUGGUGGUGCCGCCAACGUCCUUCUUCAACACCUUCACACUUCCCGCCUCGCUGCUGCGUGAGGAGGGGGACGGCGAGGCGGUCGCCUGCAGAAUAGAUGCCCUGCGCGCCGCCGACGGGGCCUUAACUCUCGCCAUCACUGUACGCUACCGCAUUCCAGUAGAACAACUCGAGCGGUAUCUCGCAGCGGUGGGACCGGUGCCGCCAAAUGAACGUAUUGCCGUCGCACUCGCGGAUGCCGCGCGGGCAAGAGGGGCGGAGUUGUCGGUGGGACUUAUUCUUAACGAGGAGAGAAGAGAGGCGGUGUUUCUUCAACCACUGCAGGAGCAACUGGCCUCACGGCUCAUGUCAGAGGCAGGAGUAAAGUUGUUGGGGGUAACAGUAGACUGGGUAGAAAUAGCAGCCAAACAGGAGGUGGUUUGA